UGAUAUCGGUGGCUGUAGCUCGAGAUCGAGAGAUACCAUCCAGAACCGAGAGGCGAGAAGCCACCGAAUUUAACUGCGAACGGUCGCGAAAUGGCAGCGAAUAUGGAAAUGUCUGAGUGGAUUAAGUUCUUCACUGCUGCUGGUAUCCCGGCUGGCCCAGCUGCAAAGUAUUCUGUGGUUUUCCUUGACAAUCGCAUCCAGAAGAGCAUGCUGAUGGAUCUCACCAAGGAGUACUUGAAGGAAAUGGGUAUUUCAAUCAUGGGAGAUGUGAUUGCUAUUCUCAAAUAUGCCAAGACAGCUCAUAUGAAGUAUGAAAAUGAGAAACCUGCCAUAACAGCCUUGUCCAUUAACCCAGAUGCUAAAGUGGAAGUGAAGAGACAGACUACAGCUGGAAACAGAAUGCUUGAGCACUACAUGAGGAAGGAAGGCAUAAUGGAGGGAGGCACUUCAAAGGUCACAGUAUCACCUUCCAUGGCUGUCAGACUUGGAGCUGUACCAGUUGGAGUGGACAAGUCUGAGGAGACAUUGAGCAGUACCAAGAAGGCAUCCUCUGGGAUUUUAGCAGACACUGCAGAGGUGAUUCCAGUGAAAAGACCACGUAUGGUGAAGCCAGAGGAGGAAGGGAAGUAUUUGAUCAGCUUACCUAAAGGAACCACACCCAAAACAAUGAAGAUCAUGGAGCAGAAGCAACAGCAACAGAAAACAUCUGGAGAAGACCAGAAAUCAUCAGUCUUUGCUCGUCUAGGAUCAGGAUCUAGCCCAGCUCCUCAGCCGAAGAAUGUAGAAGUAUCACCAGCAAAGACUCCUGGAGGAUCAUCCGUGUUUAAUCGUUUAGGUGGCCAGCGUAAAAGAUCUGUCUCAGAAUCAGAACCAGUUGAAUAUCAAGGUGUGCUGAAAUCACUUUCCUCUCCAUCCCUUGCGACAACACCUAGUACUACCACCAUCAAAAUCACAAAACCUACACCAGUGGCAAAACCAGCGUCAGUGAAAGUUACCUUGGGUUCUUCUAAGUUGGUUUCUGCAAUGCCAGAAGCAAGUCUGCAGACAAGGUUAGGGAAAAAGUCUGUGGUGGCAACGCGCGUGACCACUCCUCCUGCUGGUGCAAAGAAUGUCAUGGCAAGACUUGGUGCACCAACCGGAAAACCUAAAGUAGUGGAGACCCCUACUCCCAGUACUAAACCAAAGGUGACUGUAACUCUUGGAGGAAAGAAGGUGGCAACCAAAAGGUCAGCUAUGGAUCGCCUUGGUGUACAGAAACCAGAGAUAUCUACAACCACUCACAUGGAUUCUUUUGGGGUGAAAUCAAAGGUACAGGAUCGCCUGGGAGGAGCAGACACAGUGACAAGGACAAUGGCAAAAGGGACUGUCAAAUUGGCUUCAGCAAAACCUGUAGUGAAGAAAUCAAUGCAGGCCAGACUUGGUGCACCGACCGAUGCCUCAAGAGUCAGCAGCGUUAGGAGAGAACCUGUUGUGAAACAAAGUGUGACAGUAACCUUGGGCGGGAAGCCAACUGCCAUGCAGAAACGGCUUGGUAAGACAGUACUAGGAGCAUCCAAGAGUGUAGCUUCCCCUGUCUCGUCCAGCUCAAAGGUAAUGAAGAGACUUGGUGCUCCUGUAGGGUCACAGAAGAAAUCAGCCAUGAAGGAUAGGUUAGGUCUGAUGAAAGCAGAGGCUUCAUCCACUACACCAAGCAUCACUGUUACAAUGGGUGGGCUAGGAUCCAUGAAGAAUAAGACUGCUAGUGCUAUGUCAAAAAACGUAUUCAGUCGAUUGGGAAAAUCAUGAGCUCUUUCAACCAUCUUGUUUGAUUUUUAUAGAGAAGUCUAUCUAAUUACAAAAAACAGAAACUUGAUCAAAUGUGUCUGACUUGAUGCUAAAUAGCUUAGUUUUGAGUAGACAAAAGUCGCUGAAAUAAAAGAUUGCUGUGAAUAUUACUAUUUAUGAAAAUCUUAUAUUUCUCAACCUUCCCUAUCAUAGUGGUUGUCUUUGGCUGUGUACCAUAGAACUUGUGGCUGUAUUUCUGUAGAGUUCUGAUAUAUCUUUUCUGUAUUUUAUUUCCUAGUACUAGUAAUAUGCAUAUAUUCUUGCUAAUACUUCUAUUUUAUAGCUCUAUGAAAAUAAUGAAAUGAUAAGAUCUAGACUGUAAAAUUUGAAGUCGAAAUUAAUUGUUACCUAGCUUUACAGUUUCGGAUGUUGCAAAACUCAAAGAGAGCUAGCAAGUAUAUUCUUACUACUGCAAAUUGUUGAAGCUCUCCUGUGAUACCACAGACUGCAAGGCUUUGUGAAAAGUUUUUAUAACUUUGAAUUUUACAGUCUAAAACAUAGAUAUUUCAUAGGUCUAGAUAACAGAGGUAUUUUGGAAGAGAAGGGCAAAUGAAAGAUGUAGCUGAAACAAAAAUAGUAAAAAUAUGUGAAUAUCUGGGAUUCUGGUCAGAAAAUCAGACCUACAGUCACACUUUUUAUGGGGAAGACAGAGAAAUACUUUUUCUAUUUGAUUCUUCAGAAUAGACGUUCUUUUCUAAUAUUUGAGAGCCUUUGUUGAUAUGGAUGUAUGGAUGACUUCAGUUAGUAUGGCUGCAUAUUUUCUAAAAAAAUAUUUUGAAAAUCUGGAAAUCAAGAAAGCUUUGCACAGCUCAUGUGAAAUGUCAGACACUUCUUUGAAAUAACAUGGAAUUCUCCUUGCAUCAUUGUGAAGAUCAAAUAGUUUAAAAAAGAUAACCCAAUAUUGUAUAGUUUUGUGGGAGGUUUUGGUUUUAAAAAAAUUAAAAUAUAUUUUUGAUUUGAUUUUUUGAAUAUUUUUCUGACCUGCUGCAUUUUGGAGGUCAUAAUUCAAAGAAUGAUUUACCUACAAAAUACAAGAUUAUUCAAUAGAAAAUUGUACUUAACAUUUAUAAUGAACUUAUGCUUUGAAGGGCCAAAGUUGAUUAAAGAUGUGAUUCUGAGCAUUUUACAGUUAGUGCUUGAAUUUUUACUUUGACUUUAUCUAGUACAAGAUAUUGAUAAUUAUACAUACUGUUAAUAUGUCAAUAUAAUUUUGUACAUUCUUGAAUCUUGCAUCUUGAAUUUAAAUAUUGGAAUUGUUUGCAGCCAUUAGACUUAUUAAAGUCUGGUGUGUAACGCUUUUAGGAGACUGAUCAAAGUUGCUAGUUGAUCAUGAACUGUAAAUAGGCAUCCUUGAUCAUCCAUAGAUGAUCUGGGUUUCCUGGGAUUUCUCAAACUAUUAAGACUUUAUUUGUAUUGAUGAUGUUUGCCUUUUAUUUUUUCUUAUUCUUUUAAAAUUAGUUUGCUUUUAUUUUGUAAUUCAUUAUUUUUAUUUGCUUUGUGUUUUUUGUAGACAAUUUGAUGCAUACUCAUCAGGAAACUUUUAUCAUGUUUUAUUAUUUAAACCCCAAAUUGGUUUGAAGCCUAUACUUUUUUAAAGUAUUAGAUGGACAAACAAAUCGAUAAGAUUAACAUCAUGAAUACCUGAAGAUGCAAAGAUCAAGCUAUGAAAGAAUAAAAAAAGACUUGAGUUAAGAGUUUUUAAAAUACGGUAAUGAAGAAAAAUAAUUUCAUAAAACUUUUUGUCUUUUGAUGAUACAAUUUCUAUCUACAAAAUUUGUCAACAUACUUUCUGUCCUUAUUUUCCUUUUAAAUAAAUGGAAUACAACUAAGUAAUUUUAUAUUUUUAAGAUAAAGUAAGCUACAAAAAAGCAUUUUAUCAGACUCGCCCUGUAAAAAUCACUUUUCUCGAACUACCUAUUUUGUACAUUGGAAAGAUAAUUUUAUUUAAGCAUUGUAAACUUGCAAUACGUAUACAGUUGUGCUCAUAAGUUAGUGAACCCUACCACAAAAUGAACUCCUUCAUGCCGAGUGUUGAAUGUAGACAACAGCACUACAAUUAUCGAUGAGCCUGGAGACACAAACUUUAUUGAAUGUAACAUUUUGUCACCAGACUUUACUAUUAAAUAUCUAUAACAGGGCAGAACUUGAACACUUUAAAUACAUUAAUAUUUUGGCGAGGUUCACCAACUUUUGAGCACCACUGUAUGUGCAUUUUGCAUAUAGUUUGAUUUAAUUUUACCAAUUUUUAUGACCAAUUUGAAUUAUGCUGAACAGCAUGUUGACCUGCGUUCAUAUAAGAGGUUGAAAUCAUUGAUAGGGGAUUGACUGUUAAGUGUUGACACCCUCUUUUGUUCUUGAAGAGCACCAAGAUAUGCAUUAACAAGCAGACAUUGCCCACACACAUGCUUCAAUAUUUAAAGAAAAUAACUAAAUUGGAUUUAGUGUGUGCACAGGCAUAAAAACUUUUAAAAAGGAGAUGGUUUAAACUUCUUUUGAGGAGAUAGAUCACUAAAUGUUUAAGGUCAGAAAUUUCCUUCAUUAUUUGCUAUGAAUUUUGCCUCUUAGAGAUUCAUUGACAUUUUAUUUAUUCUUGAGAGAAAUAUUCCAUGAUGAAGUAGUUUUCUUAAUGCUUAACAUGUCAUACAUGUAGUUACCAAUUGGCAAGCAAUUUCUUCGGUAUUUUAAGUUACAUUAAAAUACAUGAGAAACACCCAAGGAACAAAAUUGCACUUUAAUAUUGCUUUUCUCUUUUGACCGUACUGGACUAGAAUAUCAGAGUGUUUAUUAAGUCCAACAAUGGUGUCUUCGAAUAAUGAAAAUAAAUUAUGGCAUAGUUGACUAGUUUUUGUUAGAUGAGUUAUGUUUUUUUCUACUCAUGAAAACAGUUUCAUAAUACACUUAUUUCAUCAAGCAUAUACAUCUGACCCCCUUGUUUAUGGGAUUUUUCUCCUGAAAUGUUUUGUCUCAAGUUUUCUAAUUUACAUGAAAAAUUGUAAAGCGAUCAAUUAUCACGGCUUGAGCAGUUCAUUAAGAUAAAUGAAAUUCGGGGGUUGGACUUACUAAAUUUUUAUUUUUAUAAAGAGUUGCCCCAAUUCCAAUGUUAUUGACUGAUGUGGGUAAACGAUCAAUUCAUGUUCAUAUUUAUUUGAAAGUAGAAAAUGGAAAUUCAGUUUCGGCGCAUUCAGUGAAGCAAAGAGAAUCAAAUAAAGAACCACUUUGCCUCUGAAAGAAGUAACUGAUUUAUUUUCUUUUCUUCAAGUGUCUGAAUAAAAUGAAUAUUCAAUCAAAUACAUGUAUGUUCAAGUUUAAUGAUAAGGAACACAACUCAUAUAACUGCCAAAUCAACAGUGUACUUAAAGAUGUUUUUUUAUUGGUUUAUACAUUGCACAAUAAAAUAUUUCACUUGGGUAAUGUUAAAUGUAUCUUUAACCCUCCACCAUAAACUUAUAGAGUCACCAAAAUCACUUAUAUAAUUUGUGAAUUUUGUUGGAAAGAGAAGAAUAAUAUCCUUAAAAUGAUAUAUUUACCUGUCAUUGUGAAGAAAAGUCCUUUCAAAAAUUUCAGUAGUGAAUGUGAGAGUCAAACAUA